GCGGUAAAGCUCUCGUAAACUGAGUCGCCAAUAAAUUCGAGAAAGAAAUAGAAGGAGUAAAUUCUGUAUCAGCUGAGCUGGCUGAUGUGAAAACCUGAUUUCAUAGUACGUGGUAUUACAACUUAAUUGUAGAUUACAGGGAUGGAGAAUGACAUUCUUGUCUCUCUUGAAGAUUUAGGGUACCAAGGCCCUCUUUUGGAGGAAGGGGCUCUGGAUUCUGCAGUGAGUGGAGGAGCAGGUUCACCUGAGUUUACUAAACUAUGUGCCUGGAUUGUCUCAGAGCUUAGACUCUACUGCAAGUUGGAGGAGAAUGUCCACGCCACUAACUGUCCAAGUGAGGCAGAGGGCUUCCAGCUGGAGAUGAGUGGUUUACUGUCAGAGCUCGCCUGUCCUUACUCUGUGCUCACCAGCGGAGACAUCACCCAGAGGCUUCUCAAUAGGACAGACUGUCUGCUGCUCCUCACCUUUCUGGUAUCUGAGUUGGAGGCGUCAAGGAUGAUCCUAGUUAACAAGCCUCAGAAGAGAGCCCAGGAGUCAGGCAGCCCUUUGUUCCAGGAACUGAAGGGCAUCUGUAUGGCGCUGGGCAUGUCCAAGCCUCCUGCCAACAUCACCAUGUUCCAGUUCUUCAGUGGAAUUGAGAAGAAGCUGAAAGAGGCCAUAAGUAGAGUCCCACCAAAUCACGUAGGAGAGCCUUUGAUGAAGAAGGCCCUUGGACCUGUGCACCUGGAAAAAAUUGAAGCUAUAAACCAAGCACUAGUAAAUGAGUAUGAAGUGAGAAGGAAGAUGUUGUUGAAACGUCUUGAUGUGACGGUGCAGUCUUUUGGUUGGUCUGACAGAGCAAAGACACAUGCUGAAAGGUUGGCCAAAGUUUACCAGCCUCUGCGUUCUGCCCUCUGCACCACAAGUAAAAUAUCUGUUGCCCAUCUUCUUGCUGCUCGACAAGACAUCUCCAAAAUCCUACGCACAAGCAGUGGCAAGAUAAGAGAGAAGACUGCUUGUGCUAUUAAUAAGGUUCUAAUGGGCCGUGUGCCAGACAGGGGAGGCCGACCCUGUGAGAUUGAGCCUCCUCCACCAGAGAUGCCCACCUGGCAGAAGCGUCAGGAUGCUCCUCAGGUUGGAGGACACCAUGGCGGGGGUGGGCACGGAGGCAGCAGGGGUGGCUAUGAUCACUACUCCCAAGGUGGCCGUGGAGGCUAUGAGAGAGGAGGAGGUGGACAUGGAGAAAGGGGAGGUCGAGGAGGAGGUGGCAGAGGGGGGAAGGUGCAGGGAGGCUGGGGAGAUGGAGGGAGAGGUGGUUACAACCAGGGCCACUAUCAGGAUGCAGGAGGUCAUCAUGGCGGAGGAGGGAGAGGUGGUUACGGAGGAGGAGGGAACAACCAAGGAAGCUUCCAGGACCCUGGGUAUCAUGGGGGAGGAGGCGGUUACCAUGACAUUUACCACCAAGAUGGAAGCUGGCAUCAGGAGAGAGGCGGCGGUCGAGGAGGUCGUGGGGUCAGGGGAAGGGGAGGCCGAGGAGGAGGAGGACAAGGGGGAGGCUGGGGAGGAAGAGGGGGCCCCAGUUUUAACCAAGGAGGACAGUUUGAACAGUUCUUCCAACACGGUGGGCAGCACUACAACCAAGCUGGCUUUAAUCAAGGCAGACACUACACUAGUUGAAGACAGUGUGGGGCAUUGCAGCAGAGUCCACACAAAGAUCAACUACUUAUCAUGCAUGAACGGAUUUAAAAUUCCUUAUCAUCCUAUCUUUAAUUUUCAGCCUCUUUAAUAGUUGACUAAAAUGUUAAAUGAGGAGUUAAGACAUACAAUCGUACAGAUACUGUAUACACUCAGUAUAGACUGUUUUGGAAUAAUGUCUUUACUUCAAGAGGGUAGUUCUUUGGCUUUUUCAUCCAGGUGUGUUAAUUUUUUCUUUGCUUCCUAUGUACAAGUAUUCAAGCCAACAGCUCUGCUAUAAAUGGUUAGUCGAUAAGUUGGACUCUGCUGUUUUGACCUAAUUUUGCCACUUGAUUAGCCUUAUAUUGGACAUUUUUUGAUAGCCAGGGGAAGGUUCCUAAGAUUUCAGUGUUGGUGCACGUACUGUGUAUCUGACAUAAGUGGAAAAGCAUCAUUACAUGUAAAUGUUGAAUUUGACAAUUACUUGAAAACAGCUUCAUUUUUCCAGUCUUCAUUUUGUUUCAGUAGAUUUGACUGGAAUCUCCUUUUGUUACUUAUUUAAAAGAUGUCAUCUUUUACUGCUCAUGGAAGAUUGUGUGCAUACAUAUUGGAUGUUGGAAGGCUUGCAUGAAUGUAUAAAUAAGCAAUAAAAUCUAAAAUGAGAAUAUCACUU